AAGAUGUAAUAAUGGUCUUGGGUGUCCCCAGAAUGUAUUUGUUAAGUUUCAGCACAAAAUACCCCACAGUUAAUUUAUUAUAACCAUUUGAAAAUGUCAUUUUUGGGGCCUGUUUUAAAAAGAGCUGUUUUGGUGUGUACCACCUUAAAUAUAAAUGAGCUGCAUAUCCCCGCCCUGCCUUUGGAUGAGGGCGUAACUUGCAUACCUAUGGCAAUGAACAGCCGGUAGAAGCAGAAUGGCUGAGAGUGAGAGACCCGCUGUUUUGUACGGCAUUCAGCCGUAUAUGUUUGAACCCGAAUCAGACCCAGAUGAUGAAGAGACUCCGGCAGAAGAAACACAAUUGAGAAUGGAGCAGGACGUCUCUGAAUGGUGCUUAUGUGGCAAAUGUGAGAAGAUGGCUACAGAACCAGAAAAUAUAUGCUGCAGGGAGAUAGAACAGGUUACAAGACGGAUGAAACAACUUCAAGUCACUCCAUCAUGUAUGGUAGACCAUCCCGGAAUGGAUCCAGUUUGUUUCAAUGUGUUUUCGUUACAAAACGCUUUUAACAUUUACAGGGCUGACUAUGGUCCCCUGCGACUUCGUGGAGUACAACAUCGUUACAGAUUUUUAGCUUAUCGGAGUUUUGUGAGCUGGUGCUGGGGUUUCCUUGGACGAAAAGUUCGAGUUGUGAUUCCAGCCUGUGUGGUCCUGAGGAUUCAAAGAGAGUUUCCUGAUGCCCAGGGUAGUUAUGUAGGUUUUCGACCACCUAUUGAUUAAAGCGAGAUACCCUACUAGAGAUGGCCUCCUCCUUCUCUGGCCGGUCAAACUCUGCACACAAUGCUGGUGGUAUUGGUAUCCUCAAAACAUCAUCCACAUAUGGUGCAGGAUCCACAAAGACUUUAUCAAAUAUGAGGUCCAGCAGGUCAUCCACAUAUCCUGUGCAAUAUAACAUUUUAUUUUAUUUUAAAUUAGUAAAAUAGAGUUUUCAAAUAGCUUGUAAGAAAUGAUGCAAAAAAGAUAUGUACAUUUGUAGUAAAUUUGUUAAGUAAACUCAUUUUAUACAUA